UCCCCUCGUCCCUAGACAGAUAACUCAUAAUCUACAAGGUACCGAGUAGUCCCUUUUGUUUUUCUCUUUCCCUCUCUCUUUUCGACCCACCAACUAUCCCGAUACUGGUAACGAAAAAGUCCACUCAUUCACCACCCUUCACGAAUCAAUCAUCUACCCUGUUCAGGUCAACGGUACAUUUGCCUUCCCCUUGCAACCUGGUAGCACAAUCGCCCAUCACCCAUCAUCCUUCACCCAUCACCCAUCAUCCAUCGCCCAUCGCCCAUCAAUCACCCAACCCCAUGAGUCGAGAGCCGAGAGAGGAAGUGCAUGGUUGAUUUGAAAGUUGUAGGACAUAUCCGCACUCACAGAGUUAUACAAAAAGUACCCAGUACUUGCUUUACCUUGCUUUCCUUACUUUUUUUCGCCCACUCCUCACUUCUUGUACACGUCUGGUUUCGCGUCACCAUUCGAAAGCUUCGAAUCUUUUUUCUGCCAUUCUAUCCAUCUCUCACGACUGCGAAAAGAACGACGAUAUCACGAUCCUUAUUGAUGUUCCAUACCAAUCUCACUCGUCCUCCCAUAUAACUCGCCAAGUGACGGCUUCCUGCCUUUGUAUCACCGAACCUGCGACUAUUCCUUCAUUUGUCGCCAAAUUCACCGCCGGGACUCGAGAGAUCUAUAAUCGAUUCACCGUUCACAAACCUAAAACAUACGAUUUCGUACCAAAGAAGAUCAACAAUAGAAGAUUUCAUUUCAUCUCUUUCUUACGAUUUGAUUCCCAGUCUUAUCCAUUUGCCAAUCGCAUGAGAAGGGUGGAAGAUUGAGGUUCAUACUUUUAUAAAUACCAACCAAUUGAAGUCGAGAACCUGCACAACACUACUUCUUUUUGUCAUAAGCACUGCAUCCAAAGACGCCCAACUUCACAAAAAAUACUUUCCAGAAGUCAAUGAUUCGAUCUAGUCUGUUGAAUGCAUGAACACGAUAUUACAUAUAACUUGUCAACGUCUGUUAGUCCUGGGGUAAUCGGAUAAUUACUCUGCACAUUUUUCGACUGUGGCACCCAGCAUCACUAGCAAAGGGAACUUGCAUAUCUUGAGGAGGAAUUUCCGAAAAAUAAAUCUUCGUAUCUGGAACAUACACAUGGUUUUCACAUUGGAAUCUUAAUUUGUCCAAACGCCCAAUCUUGCUAAGGCAUAUCAGACGGCGUACUAUCGGGUUUCAUCCACUUUCGAGAGGACGAAUAGGUAAAUUGGUCUAGGUCUUGCAAAGGCAGUGAGUUGGUUACUGGUUAACUUCACAAAUUGGCUUGAAAUCGCAAGACUCAUUUACCAAGUCUAAACUCACGCAAUUUUGCAAACGAGUUUCAUGGAACUGUAAAAUUUACAGCUACAAGGCACUAGAAAGAUCGAAUCUGGAACUCGAGUGACAAACAACGACUCAGAUUGAGCUUCAGAGUCAGUAACAAUGGCAGCGACCUUACCACGGGCCUCGAGGCCUUCUUAUGGACCACCAACAUCAGCACUACCGGCUUUACCUAUGCCAAAGACUCGAAAGAGCACGAAUGCAUCGCCAUUGCCCACAGACAGAUCAGAGGCACCAAGUACACCUAGAAGUGGACUACGGACUCCGUCAUCAUCUAGCCUUCAGCCAUUGAGGAGCCCAGGUCUUCCAAAGGCACCAAUUUCUCCAGGACUCAAUGCAGCUGGUAAAAGUAUAAGAAAAACGAUUAGUAUCAAUGCAUUUCCUCAGCCUCCUCGAGGGGGUGUCAGAACAGCGAGUUUACCCCCUAGUCCCUUGUCUGGUGGUGUUGCACCAGGGACCGCAUUGUCAACAGGAGAGCCAAGUAAAAGGGAAUCAUCAGAAAUCAAUUCGACGAAUAGUGGUAGCGGGAAACCUCGAAAGCGACCAACGGCGAUGGCCAAUCCUAGUACACAAAGCGGGGACAGUAUUUCAAUAUCCAGCGGUGCUGGGGCUCGAGGGUCGGAUGGUCUAUUAAGCUUACCCUCGCCUCCUCAAAGCCGUAGUUCGUCGGCCCAGGAUUCAUACUCGACAUCUGUGACAACCACCGAAGAGCUUGGAGAUGGAUAUAGAGGUCGAGAGGGACUUGAUGAUGCCGAUAAAAGAUCCUCGAAGCCUGCAGAAGGCAAAGGAAAUGUCAUUGUCAGCGUACGUGUACGUCCGGAUGCGAAUAGUCAUGGAGAAACUAGCAGGAGUGACGGAGAAUGGGUAGUAGAUGGAAGGAAAUCACUGGUGGCUUACCGCGGGAAGGAAGGCGGCGAUUAUUACUAUGACAACGUUUUUUCGCAGCAGGACAAUAACGCUAAAGUGUAUGAUGCAUCUGCCAAAAGGCUCGUACGGCGAGUAAUGGAAGGGUACCACGGCACAGUUUUUGCAUAUGGCAUGACAGGUACCGGAAAGACGUUUUCCAUGCAAGGAACAGAUAAGAUGCCUGGUGUUAUUCCUCUCGCCAUUACCGACAUUUUUUCAUACAUCCGUGAAACUCCAUCGCGAGAAUUUCUACUCAGAGUCAGUUACUUGGAGAUAUACAACGAGAAGAUUCAUGACCUUUUGAGUGCUUCCACAGGUCCUGCAACGGGCCCAGGAGCUGUUCAAACCGAAGAAAUCAAGCUCCGAGAAGAUAGCAAGAGAGGCGUAUAUGCCACACCACUUAAAGAAGAAAUAGUGCAAUCUCCAACGCAGUUAAUUCGUGUUAUCUUCCGGGGUGAUCAAGCACGAAAGACUUCCAGUACACAAUUUAAUGCUAGGAGUUCUCGUAGUCAUGCCGUCGUACAGAUAGUGGUUGAAUCUCGCGAGCGGGUCCCUGGGGGAGCAGCCAUGCAAGAAAAUAAACGGGGAGGAAUGAGUCCUGGUGGCGUUCGUGUUUCUACUCUCAGUCUGAUCGAUUUGGCGGGAUCAGAGAGAGCCGCCGAAACGAAAGAACGACGUACUGAAGGUUCCCAUAUCAAUAAAAGUUUGUUGACCCUUGGAACUGUCAUUGCUCGACUGUCGGGGAACAAAGACAAGGAUGGCAAACCAAUGGACAAGGACGGGAAGCAUUUGCCAUAUCGCGACAGCAAGCUUACAAGACUUCUUCAAGGUGCGCUUUCGGGAGGUUCGCUUGUCAGCAUUCUGUGCACAAUAUCUGUUGGAUCUGGAGCAAGUGCUGCCGGACCCAACAGCCAUACUAGCGAGACUUUGAACACCUUGAAAUUUGCUUCCAGAGCUGCAGCAAAUAUUGUCAGUCAUGCCAAAAAGGCGGAGGAUGCGUCGAAUGGAGGUGGUGAUGGUCAGACUAGGGCUUUAUUAGAACGAUACCGUAUGGAAAUCGUGGAUCUAAAGAAACAGUUGGAUGGCCAGACCAAAGCCAAAUUCAACGAGGAGGAACAAGCCCAAAAGGAAGAAGCAAAAGCUCGUCAUAACGAGCAAUUGAUAGAGAUGCAGUUGGCUCGAACCGCUCUUAAAGAGAGAAUCGAUCAUCUAAAUAGACUGAUCCUCAGCUCCAAGUCCACAGGUGUCAAUACCAACGGUACCUAUUCAGCUUUGAGUAUGCGACCUAGGCUAUCGAUGGGAGCGUCAAGUGGUCAUAUGUCUUCAGUAUCAGCGCGCUCAUCUAUGACACCAUCCACCAUCACAUUAGAUCGCGCCAAUUCGGUCUCUACCAUUGGCCGACGACCCAGUGCGCAACGAUUAUCCGGUACCAUCUCGGGCGAUCAUACAUCGAUGGAGGAUGAAGACUCUGGGGGCGAGUAUGGAAAUGGCAAUGCUUCAUUGGCAGCGCAGAACCGAGCCUUACAAGCCGACCUUGCAGAUAAGACCCGAUAUUGUCAGACCUUAGAAAAGCGACUCCUACAAGCUCGGCGCUCUAGUCAGUCAAGGACGUCUGUGCAAUUCGGUAGCAAGUCAAAUAUAAUGGUGGGAGAAGACCAUGGGAUCUCCAAUCUAUUGAGAGACAAGGAUGCUGAAAUUGCGGACUUACGAGCGAGACUCGACGAUAAGGAUCGCAUGUUAUCAGCUCUUCGCAGUUCUGCUCGGUCUCGAGACACUGCCGAACGUGAUCCUCGCCAUAGUCUAGGCCAAGGAAUGCCACUGAGUCCCGUCUCGGCUAGGGAAUCUCAAUUGUUCGACACUGGUCUGAUAAGUGCCGGAGGCGCGGGGAAGGUUCUCCCACCCACCGUCCUUCCCCCAACGCCCCUCAAAAAUUCAAAGAGUGUAGAUGAGAUGAGCAAAAUGCUUGAUGAGAUGAUACAAGAUCGACUUGAAAAUGGACAAUCAAACAAAGAGGCUAGAGGAAGUAUGCGUGCAGGCGAGCGCAAACGAGCGGUGUCAACGGAUCCAAUUCCUGGAAUUGAACCUCUCAAGAGUCCACAUCUGAGUUCCAAGGCUCAGCUGCAUGAUUCUGGUGUUGUAGUAACUGAUUUUUUCAAAAACAGUGAGGGGGAAAAUCUGUAAUCAAUAUGGGUAUGGUUUAUGGCGUUACUGGGAGGUUUAUUUGUUGUCUAUACCCACGUUUACUUAGCUUUCAUUUUAUUUCCCGGGACUUUUUGCUUAUCACAGCAUGCUCCUUUUUUAUGUGGCAAUUAGUGAUGGGGCACUUGAGCGGGCUGGCAUUUUUGGGAAUCAUUUCGUUGGGUGGUUGGUGGGACGGAUAGUGGCAUUUAUCUGUCUUAAUGUAAUAAUAUGACCAGGGUAGACUUGGGGCCUGGCUGGAUGGGCGAACUCAGGAAAAAUCAUACUUCUGGAUCGCUACGGAGGACUUUCUUUUACUACUUGGUUUCGUUUACUUUUGUGCCGGGACUAAAUGCACAUUUGGGAAAUAAUCAAAUCUUGAAGAUGGAUUUGUGGAUUGAUACCAGGAAGGAUACAAACUGAUACAAAUACAGCAUGUCGAUACAGCGAUGAUGGGAAUUGUUACGUAGAAAGAAUUGAGAUGAGAUGUUAGUUAUGGGUGAGAUUGUUGAGUUUAGCGUGCGGUUGCCAGAGCAGAAAGAUAUCAAGUUAAAGUUAGAUGAGUCGCGAUUUGAUGAAUUGAUGGAGUCAAAAUAUUAUUUGACAUAUCAGAAUUUUAGAUGACCAUUUGAAU